AUGGACCGCCUAAUAGCAAGUGCAUAUGACAAGGUGUAUAUCGAUCUGACAAUAUAUGGUUUCUCAGAGACAUUUUUUCCACUUCGAAGUGGUCCUCCUAAAGAUCCUUCCGAAAGCAUCAUGUGUAUAGGGUGGCUUUCGAAAUCGCUACAUUUUGUUGAGAUUUAUUUGAAACUGAGGUGUACCAUACCAAGUACAUCGUUGGAGUGGAUGUCACAUUCCACAAAAGAGGCAGAAACUUGGUCGGAUCAAUUUCUAGAAAGGAUGGAAGAGUUCACCAAAUUGAGCGAGCUUGAAAGAUUUAAUAAGGAAAAGUUGAAAGAGGAACCGGACGUAGAUUUAUGCGGUGAUGCAUCUUUUGAUGCAUUUUAG